AUGAUAAAGGGAAAGCUACCCUCAAUAAAAAGGUUCUUCGAUUAAGAUCCCAGCCUUGUUUCUAUAUCUAUCCCUAUUACUUAUAACGAUAAAAGGUUGAUUGCAUAUAGAAAUAAAUAUUGCAAAAAGCCUGAAUGCAUUUAUGAUAAAUUACAAAUUUUAGAUAAGCAGAAAAAAGCAACUUAAACAUAAACCCAAAUUCCAGAAAUAGAUGAUAUGACAUUUUGGUGUAACAUAUGCUUAAAUACAAUCGAUCCAAAGGAGUUUUUACCAGAUGAAGAACUAUAAAGGAUUAUUGAUAAUACUUGGAAUCAAAUUGAUGAGUUAAAUAAGAACCCAAACACAAAAAUAAAUUGCAAAAGAGUUUAAUUGUUUAGAGAUGGUUCGUGGGAACCUAUUUUUGUAUAAAAUAGAGAAGGGAGAAUAGUACGCAAAAAUCAAACUGUAAUAAACAAGGCAAUAGUGUUACCAUAAUUAGAAAACUGA